AUGGGAGUCAAGAAGAGCAAAGUGGACGGUCGAGAGACCCAAGAUGAGAGAGAAUGGGAGAGACCCGGAUGUUCGAAAGAGCCGAAGCAGAGUGAGGUGGAGAUGGGAAAUUUUCAACCCAAGAGAAAGGGAGAUCCCAACAGUGCGCGCGUGCCAGUUGGCGCUGGGGCGUGGCUACGACCCCUCACACCCGAUCCCUGGGACCCUCUCGGCGAGGUCUUUGGGCGCAGAAAGAUUGGCCGACGCAAUACGCUUGCUGACAGCGCCCCUCAGUGGAUUCGGGCUGCAUUUUGGACUGGAUUCAAGGUGGCAUGGCUUGCCCUACGGCCAACAGGGAAUCCUGAGAGGAUGGCUCUCUUUGCUAGCGCUUUCGUCGACAAGGACAUUCGAGAAGCCCGCUUCGACGGUGGCGUGUCAGAUGUCGGUUGA